CGGACGGUUUGCUUGAGGAAGUCCCUGAAUAUUGCGGGCUGGGAUUGUUCAGGGAUUUUAUGGGCGUGACGUUGACGUGACGUCACGUGCCUAGAGCCGGGAGGCAGUGUGUGUAUGUGAGUUUCGGUACAGAGAGAGAGAGAGAGAGAGAGAGAGAGCUCAGUCACAUACACGGCGGAGACGAGUCAGGCUGCGUUGUGUUAGUCUCUAAACCUGAGAGAGAAACGAGCCUGUUUAAGAAGAGCGAGGCUGAUCUUGAAAGUGUGGUUUAAGUCGUGGAAAAAGCCCAGAGACCGUCACUGAGCUCUAAGGAGACAAGAAGUGGACUUGAGUGCUUUCGGUUACGGACACCUGUUUUUUUUUAAGCUUUUUAAACCAAACUACUGUUUCGGCGUUGAGAAAUCCUCGUUUUUUGAGACACCAUGCUGUGGGAUUCUCCUCUCAGCUCCACAGGACUCUUCGGCUUCGUCUUCUUCCUCAUAAUUCAAGGUUCGUCGGCUCAGCGCGUGAAGGUGCAGUCGGAGGUGGUGUCGUAUCCGGGGCAGGUCGUAAGCCUGCGGUGCCAAUUUCCUGAUCCAGGCCAAACUCAGCUCACACAGGUGUCAUGGAUUUUCGAAACGGCUGCCGGGGUCCGAACCAACAUUGCAGUGUUUCAUCCGAGCUUUGGAAUUAAUUACCCGAAGUCCCCGGUGACUGGCCGCGUGAGUUUCACCAUUGACCCACCCCAACUGGAGAAUCCCACCAUUCAGAUCACGGACAUUAAGAUGACUGAUGAGGGAAAGUACAUCUGUGAAUACGCCACUUACCCCAGCGGGAACGAGCAGGGCGUCACCAGCCUCGUCUUACUAGCCAAGCCUUCGAACACCGCCUCCACCGUCACCGUACAGGCCGGCACAGCCGCGGUCGUCGUGGCCCGCUGCGUGUCGGCUAACGGCCGUCCGCCGGCAACCAUCACCUGGUCGACUUCGGUGGGCGGCAACGGAACGAUCCCAACGAAGACGGACAACUCGGACAACACGGUGACGGUGAAGAGCGAGUACUGGCUGGUGCCGACUCAGGCUGACAACGGCAAGGACAUCAGCUGCGAGGUGUCACACCGGACGCUGACCAAGCCGGAGACUUUCCCCAUGAAGCUGGUGAUCGAAUAUCCUCCUCAGGUGCGGAUCGUGGGCUAUGAUGGUAACUGGUAUUUAGGGCGCACAAACGUGGUGCUGACCUGCCAGGCUCAGGGGAACCCUGCUCCCACCACCUUCACCUGGAGAACGAUUUCUGGUCUGAUGCCGGAUACGGUUACGGUGAAGGAGAGCACACUGACCGUGCCUAAAGUGGAUGAGACGGUCAACGCCACUUUCAUCUGCGAGGUCAAGAACAGCCUCGGCACAGGAAAGGACCAGGUCAGCGUGAUGGUCAGGGAAGCCCAUGUUGCCAGCCAAACCAACGCUGGCGUAGUCGCAGGCGCCAUCAUCGGCGUCCUCCUCGCCCUCCUAUUGUUUGGCGCGCUCAUCUUCGUCCUGGUGUCCCGCAACCGCCGGCAACAGCAGGGUUACCGCGGCAACGGCAAGGCGAAGGCGGAGCCCUACGACUCGGUGGCCCGCCUCUUCGGCUCCGGCAGCAACAAGAACGGCACCAACGGCAACAACGGCAACAACAACACGCCCAUCUACCGAGGGGAGCCGGUGCUUUCGGAGAAGGCGGCCAAUCACAGCAUGCACCCAUGCGCCCUGCUGGAGACCACGCCCACCGCCCAGGACAUCCUGCUGAGCAGGGAGUUGGAUGAGGCGGAGCGCAGAAAGUUCGACGAGCUGGAGGAAGAGGACGAAAGGUACGAUCACUUCACGGCAGGCGGAGCCAUCCUGCAGCUCCGCCCACACAACCAGGACAUGGACGGCGGUUACCUAGACGACGACAUGGAGUCGCAGAGGGACGGAUCCGUCAUCUCGCGGACUGCCGUCUACGUGUGAGGCGGGAGGAAAGAGGGAGAGAAGGAGAGCUAGAUAAGAUGGGUGGAGAGAAGGACGAGUGGACCAACUUCCAAAGGAUUAUUUUUUUUUUUUCUUUCCUUCUUUUAAGAUUUAUUCAUUGCUUUUAUUUCUUAAACAAAUAUGAGACAGAAUUAAAGCCUGGAUGGAUGGAUAGAUGGAUGGACUCAUUACUUUAUUUGGAUAAAGGACGGUCACAGGAUGGAGGGAGUGGAUGGAGAGCGGAGACUGGAAAUAAAAGAAGCGAUCUGUGGCUUAACACUGUACUUCCUAUUUACAGCGAUGGUCGUCAUGGAGACGAUUUCUGAGAGCAGACUUUAAAUGUGCACACAGCAUCAUAUGUAACACGUACGUUGACAACGAAGGCUGUGUUUGCGUCCACACUGUGCUGUGGUGUAACGUAAUCAGGGUUUGCUCCAUUUGUUUUCAUUCGUUUAUUUCCUCCAGUGGUGAGAGCGCGUUUCAUCAGAACUUGCACUCUUUCGUCGUUCUCCUUUCCCUCGCUUUCUCUUGCUCUCAGUAUCCACUCGCUGUGAGCUGAGGUCUAGAUUUGGUGCUGUUAGCCAACCAGUUAAUUGCACACAUAAUAAUCUUGAUCUCAGCCGCUGCAGUUUGUUGUAUUAUGUGAAGCCAGUGCAUUUUCAAUGGCAGCACCAUUCAGCAAAUUAGAGUGCUUUGAAUGCACUUUUGCUAAAUUGCUAUGCUAAGUUACGACAAACCCCAUUAUAAUGAAGGCUGCCGUGUGAAUGUGCUGCAUAUGUGGCAUAGGGUGGGCAUCAUUUUCUUUUUUCUUUUUUUUUUUAAACCUAAUCUUUAAUUGCUGUAUCUAUAGCAUGCAGUUGAUUACCACCGGCCACAAUUUCCCUGAAUUUAACAAAAAGGCACAAAACCUGAGCUCACUUCUAAUUAGGGGCACACGCUGAUGGCAUAUUCAUUGCUGGACUGCAAUAACUGCACGAGAAUAUCUGCAUUUUACUAAUUUCACUGUAUUGAUAAGCCUAUAGAAAUAAAUGAUAUAUUUUCUGCAAUGCUAAUCCAGGUAGUUUCGCUUUCUUCAUUUUAUAAAUAUGCAUGUGUCGGCAUUGGCAGAUAUAUAAACAAAAAUAUCAGAUAUUGGCAUCAACCCACAACUCCCAUAUCGGUGCAUUCCUGCCAACACCGAAAGACUAAGGGCAGUUGCUGAGAGAAUUAAAAUGGAAGCCAAUGGACAGUUGCAGAAAACAGACUUAAAACAGAAGCCAAUGGGCAGUUUAGGAAAUCGCUUGCAAUGGCAGCCAAUGGGCAGUGUUGGAAAUCAGACUUAAAAUGGAAGUCAGUGGACAGUUACUGAAAACAGACUUAGAAUAGAAGCCAGUGGGCAGUGUUGGAAAUCAGACUUACCCGCUCCAUUUGGAAGUCAAUGUGCAUUUGCUGAAGCACCUGACUUAAAUUAUGAGUGAGUUUUGAAUGGUGUUUGCUAAGUUUGGGGAAAUGCGUCUAAAUUAUUGGUGGUGGUAAUGGACUGUAUGCUACAGCUGCAGCAGAUGGAGAUGGGGUCAAAAAACGUUGGAGUACCCCUUUAAAUCCAUUGACCUUUCAGCUUAAUAGAACAACUUUCACUCUGCUUUGAAUGCACUGACCACUAUCAGCAGUAUUUUGCUUGUGAAUCACCGUCAUAACACUUCAGAGUUACGUAGUGCCUAUAAUUCAAUCUUACUGCGUUUAAUAAUCACAGUGUCACAAUAUCACCGUCGUAAUCGCCCCUCUAAAGCAUGCAGUGAGUCAGCGAAUCAGUGAAUCAUUUUGGAAUCUGUCUUCUCCAUCUGUAAAUGAUUUGCGCUCGACUGGCCGUGCCUUGAUGACCUCAUUUCCCGUCGUUAACCCUUAUCGCGGUGUCAGAUCUCGCGCGCUCUUUUAAUUAGUCCCGAUUGGUUUGCAUUUUUUAGUGAUUCGCUAGUGAAUCAUUCCGUUUGUGUUGAAUCACGACCAGCGAAUCGCACCGUAUUUGGCUUAUUUCAGAGUUCACCCCUGAGUUAAUGGAUGAAUGGAUGCAUGAACUGAUUGACGCCAACUGUUUGCGUAUUAGCUUUUAUUUCAAUCCCUAUUAUCUCUUGCAGUUACAGCUAUUCUGCCCUGGAGGUCCUCAUGAAUUUAUUAUUUGACAUUCAAUAAACAAGAAGGAGAAAAUUGAUGUAUACGUUGUGCUGGAGGGGGUCGUUUAUGCACAUUUGAUGAUCAAAUCUUACUUAUUUAUUCGUUCCAGGGUGGUACUUCUCAGUGGUAGCAACCAUAGUUCAGCUAGGGAUAAACCCCAUUGUAGUGAAGGCCGAAGGCUGUAUGUACUGGACAUGUGGACGUUCCUUCUUAAAGGAACAGUGCAGCGUUUUUCAGUGUCGUCUUGUAUUUGCUGUAUCGGUACCAUAUGGUUAAUUACCACACACAAAAAUUCCCAUGAACUUACUAGAACAGAAAAACCGUUGACUUAAGAUGUACUUACAAUGGAAGCCAAUGGGCAGUUGCUGUAGCAUCUGCCCAUUAGCUUCAAUUAUGUCUGUUUUAAGUGAACUGGGUUUUCUGUUCUUUGUUUUUAUGCGUCUAAAUUAUGGUCUGUGGUGAUCAGCCAUAUGCUGCACGUACGCAAAUGAAGAUUAGGUUGAAAAACGCCGAAGUAUAGAAAAUGAUGGUAAUCACUGCAUUGAAAUGGCACAUUAUCACUAAUCUGACAUGGCUAAUGAGUCUAGUCCGUAUUUAUAAACAUGCAUCGCAGAUGGUUGUCAUGGCUGCACAGUUAAAUAUAUCCAUUCUUUUACACGUUUAGUUUUAUAUCUGUUCAUUCUCUGCACCCCCCAACACACACACACACACACACACACACACACAUUUAUCACAUGGUUGAGGGUGGAAGCUUGAUAGAACUGUUCUCUGAGCAAGAGAAAGACCGAGAGAGCGAGAUCGUAUGUAUGUGUAUAUACAUAUAUAAAUAUAUAUAUAUAUAUAUUUUUGGUGUGAGGUGUCUGUAUGCAAUAUAUGUACACAUUUUAUUUUUCUUACAUGAAAAAAUGAUCCUGUGAUAAAUGUCUAUACUUCUGUAUAUUGUAAAUAAGAAGUUAGAUGGGCUGAUCAUGGAAUGUAGUUGCAAUUGCCCACAAAAUCUGUCACGUGAAACCAAGAAGUGAGCUGGUUUAGGAUAAGUGAAUCACAUGGACUUCAAAACCCACAAUCCAUUGCACAAGUCGAACUGUUUCUCCAAGAUGUAGUAGCACUGUAGUCGUUUUAAAGGGGAAUUUCCACAUAAUUCAGAGUUUGAGGGAUAAACAAGGUCAGUCAGUGGUUUAAUGUGAAAUGGUUGAUUGUAGAGACUCAGAUUUCUUUACAGUGGUGGUGAUAGGAACCAGGGGUCGCCAUGACUACAACACAAAUAUAGCCAUUUUAUUUACCGUCCAAAACCACCAGAGAACCGACACGUAAUGUUGAUGAUGGUUAAUUAGCGGCAAAUAUGAAAAAAGAACCAUUUCUGUUUUUCUAAAGAACCGUUUUUGUGAGAUGUUUGGCUAUGAAGAACCUUUAAAGGUUAAGGGUUAACUUUAAUGGUUCUUGCUAGAGCCAUUACUUUUUUGGGGGUUCUUUAAACUUUAAAAAGGUUCUUCACACUCACAAAUCUCAUUUACAGAAAUGUUUCUUUAGGAACCCAAAAGUGGUUCUUCUGUGGCAUUGUUCAAAGUGCUUUAGAUUUCCUAAAGAACCAUUUUUUGACUGUGUAGAACCUUUUAAAGGUUAAGGGUUAACUUUAAGGGUUCUUGCGAGAGCCAUUCUUUUAUGGUGGUUCUUUAAAGAUUCUUCACACUCACAAAUCCCAUUUACAGAAAUGGUUCUUUGAGAGCCCUAAAGUGGUUCUGUGGCGUUGUUCAAAGAGCUUUUCUUUUCCUAGAGAACCGCUUUUUGAUUGUGAAGAACCUUUCAAGGGUUUGAAGAACUUUCACAUACUUUUCAUGUGGUGCUUCUUUAAAACUUUAAGAAGUUCCUUCACUCGCUCUCAUUUACAAAAACGCUGUAAUUCUGUGCUUUACGUCCACUGAAGGGUUCUUUAGGGAAUCAGAAGUGGUUCUGCUGUGGCACUGUGUGAAGAACUCUUUUUGGCAUCUUUAUCUGUGAGUGUUAGGCCUGCAUGUCUUCUUUUACAAAUGCGUUUUAGGCCAAAACUUUAUCAAAACUACUGUACAACAGUAUCUCAGGCAUCAGCGGUGUAAUGACUUGAGGGGGCUUUUAGAGGUGGACGUCUGGUUUCUAUAACCACCACUGUGAACAGUUCUGACUCAGCAAGCUUCUCCAGUUCAGAGCAUUUCACCAAACCUCUCUGAAUGACUCUGUUUACGCCUUAACCACUUAAUUAUGCAGAAAUGUUGAAAAACUGGUGGAGUCUCCCAUUAAACCUAAGUAGGCCUACAUACAGUCACAGAUAGGGCCGCAUCCACCUUACUGUGUGUGUGCAUGAGUCAGCGUGUUAAAUGGUGUCUGACUCGAGGGCAGUGAGUUAUUCCUCCAUCCUUCGAGCGUCUCUCUCACACACACACACAGCGUCUCUCACACACAUUUAAGCUGGCCAACACACACACACAAACACACACACACACACACACAAACAUGCUCCUGUAAAUCAUCGUUUGUCACACUGGCUGUCCUUGAAUCUAUAAGAACAUCCUUCUCCACAGUCUUCAGCCACAGCGAGGCAUGCUGGGUAAUGUAGUUUUUCAGGUUGCACCUCAGCAACAUUUUCUAUUCGUGUGGCACCAUGUAGCACAAAUCAGUUCCUAGAACAGACACCAUUUCCACUUUAGCUUUGAAAAAGCAUCAUCAGUACACAUGUACAAUAAUUCAGACUUGCUACUACAGUUCUUAGCUACUCUAAUGUACUUUUUGAUGUAAUUAUGUCCAUUUUUAUGUCAUACAGUGUCAGAAACCACACAAGCAAGUCUAUUAAUAACUCGACACAGUUUGAGGCGAAUCUGUGGUGAUUCAGGAAUGCACUUUGCUCAGUGCUAACAAGUGGCUAUAAGCUUUCAUUACUUAGCUACAUUAGCCUUGUAGCUCCAGAACAAAACUACAGAAGCAGACCAUCUCGACUGAUUAGCUGCAGCUGGAGUAAGAGGGAAAAGUGUACGUUUAGAUUUUUGGUUUUCAGUGUAACCCAGUUUGAUUCCUGACUGGAAGCUCAGUCAGACGGGAAUUAGCGCUCUGGGGCUAAAGCGGUCCUUCCACCGCUCAUUAGCUGGAACACGCUGACCUUGUGAAGGACGGGACAGUCUGAGAAUAUUAAGGAAGCGCUGUAACCUCUUCGUUUGGAUUUUCUCCACGUUCGUUCUCAAAGCUUUCUCUUGAUUCAUAAAGCUGUGUUUUCCUGUUGGCUGGAUCGUUUAGGGAAUAUGUUGCCUUAGCAAAUGACAUAAUGCUGAUUGCUGGCCACUAGGCUAACAAUUAGCCUUCUUAAUGGAUGAAAACAAAGUAAAUCAAUGAAAACAAGUAGCCAACUCUGAUGCUAUGCUAAAGGAAAUUAUGAAUUAAAUGAAUUAUAUGUGAAAGGCGCAGGUCAGUCACAAAGGCUAAUGUUGCUAAGCAUAAAUGAAACGAACAGCCACCAAUUAAACGUUAUACAAGUGAGACCAUGAUAAUACCUGGCGACCAGGCUACUAUUAAAGGAAGUGUUCAGUUUAAAAAGAUGGAUGUUGCUAACAGUAAAUAAAACAAUUAGCAUUAUGUGAAUAACAUCAGGCCAAGUUCUCAAAGGAGACUGUUAAAGGAGUUAAAUCAAAAUGGCUAACGUUCCCAGACAGCGAGCACAUAUCGGUCCGCUGGCUUGAUAAGGUCAACACCCCACUGACUGUUUGCCACUGCUGGUCCACCCUCGGACCACCCAGAUUACUGUCCUGCAUACAAGCGCAAAACGUCAGUGAACCACCAGCUCUGCUAACGGCGGUCCACUGUCCUCUUGCUAUCAUGGUUGCUAAUAAUGAAUAAAAACAAACAGCCAAAACUUAGCAUUGUGCAGAUGACAUGGUUCUAAUUUCUGGACACUAGGCUGCAAUUAAAGACUAGUUCAGUCAAAAAGGCUAAUGUUGCUAACAGUAAAUGAAAUUGAGUAGCCAACUCUUAUGCUAACGAAAUUGUGCUAAUUCCCAGCCACUAGGCUACUGUCAAGGAAGUGUUCAGUCAAAAAGGCUAAUGUGGCUAAAAACAACUGAAAACAAACAUCCAAAACUUAGUGUUGUGCAAAUGACACUGUUUUAAUUUCUGACCAUUAACCAAAAGUUCAGUCAAAAAGGCUAAUGUUGCUAACAGUGAAUGAAAAUGAGUAGCCAAAUCAUAUGCUAAUGAAAUUGUGCUAGUUCCCAGCCGCUAGGCUACUAUUAAGGAAGUGCUCAGCUGAAAAAGGCUAAUGUUGCUAACAGUAAAUGAAAACCAACAGCCAACACUUAGCUUCAUACAAAUGCAGUCAUGCUAAUUGAUGACAGGAUAAGGAAGAAUUCAGUCACAAAGGCUAAUGUUGCUAACAGUAAUGGAAAAAAGAAGAGCCACUACUGAGCAUCAUCAAGCUAACUGCUGACUUCUAGGCUACUGUUAAAGGAAUAAUCCAGUCAUAAAGGCUAACGUUGCUAACAAUAAAUGAAAACGAACAGCCAUUUAUUAGCUUUAUGCAUUGCUAGCUUCUACUCACUGUUAGCCUGAUUAGCAUGUUUGGUCCAGCUAUUUCUUGUGAAGAGUCAAAAGUGAGGCAUUGUCCAGUAGGAGAAGGAUGUUGUUAAAGGACAUUCCUUCUUUCCGACAUUCCGACUUCAUCGAGAAAUCCUGCUUUACGGAACAGCGGAUCAUGUUCGUCACAUUGUUCCGUCGGCCUGAUGUGUGAUUUGAAUCGAGGCCUUAAGUGUCACUUGACCGAACGAGUCUCUCUGUACAUAGUAUAAAUAUAUACAUAUAAACAUGUGAUUAAGAAAAAUAAGGCUGAACAAUUGAUGUCACAUUUUUGUGUAUAUAUAUUAUGUAUGUAUCUUACAAACACGGAAGCAUGAAGGACUUUUUUUUUUCUCUCGUUCUUUGAAUUGAACUUAAUUUUUAAUUUUUUUUAUCAUCUUGUCAGUGCUUGAUUAGUGCUUUUUUUGCUUUUUCAGCUUUUUGAAUUUGAGUGCUUUAUCGUUGCCUGUAUAUCUCAUGUGUUUCUGCUGUGAACUUCUGACACCAACUUCACCAUCACUGUUGCAUUUUAGUCGUUUUUUUAGGGUUCAUUUUGGUGUCUGUGUAAUAUUGUUUUUUUUAUUAUUAUUAUUAUUUGGUUUGUAAUUAAAGUCUUUCAGAAUUUUAAAAACGA